AUGGAUACAACCACUCAAUUUCUGCGAACUUUCUAUUCGCAGAAGUUUGCCUCGUUUGAGGAAUUCCAAUCUAAGUUAAAGGAUUUUGAAAGGCUUACUGGUUCGGUGUACAUUAUAAAAAGUUCGAAGAAGUUACCGGAGACUACUGCUGACCGCGACCGUCUCGUGUACAGUUCUCUGCAAUACUCGGCGAAGAUCGACUCUAGAGUAAGGAGUCUUCAGGUGCAAGAACCAGGAAAGGAAGACAUCGUUAUAAGCGAGGAUAUACAGGUAGUCCUAGAUGAUAUCGUUGACCAACUCCCCGCCCAUAAUACUUCAGAGGAAAGCCCGAAAAGUUCGUCCCCGAAUAAAAGUCCCAAGUCGUCGGAGCCACCUAGAACAACCCAUGUUGAACGCAAGGCCGCAGCGCGAGAUCGGCUUGCUGCCCGCACCAAGAAAGCAAGAGGGCUCAAGUUGGCUCCAUGUCUGCGUCGUUUAGCUGAACUAGCUUCCUCUGGAUCUGUAAAGGAUUUUCACAAACACCUUGGUGAACUGGAGGCAUUAGUAAGCAUCUGGAGGCGUGGAGGCGUUUCUUCACUUGCUUCGGAAAGUCCGGAGGCCGCCGUAUCGGAGGUAGGCGGUGUCUCUCUGUCCUCCAUUUCCGACAAUUCCACUGGAGAAGUUUCUGGGCCCGCAAAGGGUCCUAGCACGCCCGGUAAUCAGACAAUAGUAGGGUACGUGCUGCAACCCAUUCAUUCUGUUGGAGCUCAGGGUUCUUUUGUUUCUCCAACUGUUCUUCCUUCAAACUUUAUCCCCAUUGCGCCAAAAGGUCCCGUUCCAGAGGUAAUUCAACCGUUUCAACAUAUACUGCCGCCCCAACCAAAGUCGGUCCGACCGCCAAUGCCUGUGUGUAAGCCGAAGCCCCUCAAGCCCAAAAUAAAACAAGAUAAAUCAAAGUCACCCUUAAAAGAUAAUCAGAAUGUCUCCGAUCCUUCGGCACCUUACCUUCAACCAUUUGAAAGUAAUGAGAGUCCUCGACCGUGGACUUCGAUGAUCAUGGAAGGGGAUUCUUGUCCGUAUUUUCUGUAUAUAGAGGACGCUAAUUUCUACUAUUCCGCCGUGGAGGAUGCAUGGCUCCCAGUAGAUCAGCAAACCGCGGCGGUGGAAAGUUAA